GUGCCGUCCAAUUCGCGGGAUCCGCUGUCGAUAGCUUUCGUCCUCCGGUCCGGCAGUUGCGCGGGGGAGAGGAGAGGGCGUCCCGCCGCGGCGUGAUAGGACAGCGGGCCGGCGCGGUGCCGUACCGGUCGCCACUAGCAGACGACAAGCAGACGACACGAGGCGGAGCGGGGCAGCGGAGCUCGCACCACGUGGGACAUCGGCCGGCAGCCGGCAGGACCGGGCCGCGGGCUUCGGGACGGGGGACUGGACCCGAGGUGGAGGCAGCGAACAGCGAGCCUUGCAGAGCCUUGGGCAGGGCGGACAGCAGGUGUCCGUCUGCCAGUGCGCCAGUACGGUGCAGGCGCCGGCGCCAACCAGCACAGCCACCCCGGCGCAGGGACAGCGUGGACCAGGCCGCCAGGAGGCGAAGUGACAGACGGACCUUGCGCAGGCACUGCCUCCGCGACCUCCGCGACGAGCACGCAGCACCAUGGCCGCCCUGCACGCCGACAAGGGCUCCUUCGUGUUGAACGGACGCUGCCCGAUGAAGCCGCCCGCGGGGUCACAACUCGCCGCCCUGAAGACGGACGAGAACGACAACGGGAUCCUCGGCCUCGUCCUGGAUGCCGACAAGUCGGACAAGCCGUUCGUGAACGGCGUCAACGGCGUCAACGGCGGGCCGGCCAACGGGCACCACCACGGCGCCACCAACGGGACGGGCUGCGCGGUGGGCAACACGACGCUGGACACCAUGGAGCACUGCAUGGAGAGCCGGGUCCUGGUGCUGUACACGGGGGGCACCAUCGGCAUGGUCCGGGACGACGACGGAGCGCUGGCGCCGCUCCGGAACAGGCUGGCCGGCCGCCUCCGCAGCAGCACCACCUUCCACGACGAGGAGUACGCCAAGCUGCGCUUCGGGGACGGGCCUGAGGCGCCGCUCGUGCUGCCGGCGGGCCGCGACGGGCGCCGCGUCCUCUACACCAUCCAGGAGUACGACCCCUUGCUGGACUCCAGCUGCAUGGGCGUGGACGACUGGGUGCGCAUCGCCACGGACAUCAAGGCCAACUACGAGAGGUACGACGGCUUCCUCGUCCUGCACGGCACGGACACCAUGGCCUACACGUCCUCCGCCCUGUCCUUCAUGCUGGAGAACCUCGGCAAGACUGUCAUCCUCACCGGAUCACAAAUCCCGCUGUGGGAGCUGCGCUCGGACGGGCGCGACAACCUGCUGGUGUCGCUGAUGCUGGCGGGCGGCUUCGUGAUCCCCGAGGUGACGGUCUUGUUCGGGGAGCGGCUGCUGCGCGGCAACCGCACCGUCAAGGUGUCCGCCGACUCGCUCAGGGCCUUCGACUCGCCCAACUUCCCGCCCCUCGCCACCAUCGGCAUCAACAUCGACGUGGACUACCGACGCGUGUACCGGCCGAAAGACACGGAGCCCUUCACGGUGCACUGCAAGAUGAGCAGCAACGUGGGGCUGCUGCGGAUCUUCCCCAACAUCUCCACCAACACGGUGCGCAGCUUCCUGGCGCCGCCGCUCAAGGGCGCCGUCCUGCAGACGUACGGCUCGGGCAACAUCCCCGGCAACCGGCAGGACCUGCUGGCCGCGCUCAAGGAGGCGUCGGACCGCGGCGUGAUCCUGGUCAACUGCACCCAGUGCAUGCACGGCCAGGUGGCGCAGGUGUACGCCAUGGGCAAGGUGCUGUACGACAACGGCGUGGUGCCCGGCACGGACAUGACCCCCGAGGCGUCCCUGGCCAAGCUCUCGUACGUGCUGUCCAAGUCCGAGUGGGACCUGGAGACCAAGAAGGAGAAACUCCGGAGCAGUCUGCGCGGCGAGCUGACGAGCCCCUCCAAGAUGCUGGCCGACUGGGACGCCUUGGACAGCGUGGUGCGCGCCCUGGGCGUGGAGCCCGCCAAGGUGGCCACGCUGCUGAUCCCCGCCGUGGCGUGCGCCGCGGCCGCGCAGACCGGCGCCGCCUCGCUGGCCGCCCUCAUGGACGCCGGCGCCGACCUGACGGCGGCCACGCUGGAGGGGCGCACUCCGCUGCACGUGGCGGCCUACGACGGCAACCUGGACGCGGUGCGGCUGCUGCUGCUGCACGGCGCGCGCGUGCACGCCAAGGACCGGUACGGCCGCACGCCCCUGCUGGACGCCGUGCAGAUGGACCGCCACGCCGUCAUCUCGGCGCUCAGGCAGUGCGGCGCGCACCUGGGCGCCGCCAACCCCGGCCUGGGCGAGAAGCUGUGCAGUGUGGCGGCCGUCGGCGACGUGAAACGCCUCGAGUCCUUCCGGCUGGCCGGCGCGGACCUGGGGCAGCGCGACCUCAGCGGCAGGACGCCCCUGCACGUGGCGGCGCAGCUUGGCAGGACCACCGCCAGCCUCUUCCUGGUGUCCUCGGGCGUGGACGUCCUCGCCAAGGACAUGAGCGGGCGGACGGCGGCCGAACUGGCGCGGGCGGCGGGCCACGGCAUCCUGGCCAACGCCGUCUCCAAGUCCAUCAAGUAGAAGCACGCGAAGCACGCCCCCACCACAUUCCCCCAGAUGCCAAACAUUUGGCAAUGUAUUGUAUUCCUUUUAAUUUAUUUUUAGCGAUAACAGAUUGUUUUGCUGAAGCGAGCUUUGCGUUCAAGUGUAUGUAUAUAUGUGCCUUCCUCAAAAAAUAAAGCUAAGCUACUUUUUUUAAA